UAAGAGUUGAAGAGGCCCAACCUCCUCAAUCUGAAGCCAGCAAGACUUCCAGCGCUAACUGUGAGCCGAGACUCUUAUUCUGAAGCGACCACAGGGGCUUCAUUUCCUGACAGUUAUUUACUUAAAGCAAAUGAUUAGUUUUUUUGGAAGGAUGGACUGCAACAUUGAAUCAAUUACAAGACGCUGUUCUGUGCGCCCAUUAACAACCAGAGUCCGACUCCAACGUUAAAGCUCUAUGUUGCCCCCCGUUUUAAGAGGAGUUUGUGGAUUUACCACUUUAUGCAAGUAAUUUUCCACAAGCAUGGGCAUGUUCUGGAAGAUAUUGCUGAUCGUAGAUUGCUUCUUCCUGGGAGCCUUCAAAGGGCCCCAGCUGGCUCAGUGCCAAAAGUUACCAGAUGUUUACCCCAACAAAGUUGAAAUAAAUGUUACUGUCCAUUCAACAUUCAGCCUGAAAUGCUCGGGGGAGAAUGAAGUGGUUUGGGAGUUGCCUUUUAAAGAGGAUACACAGAAUGUCAGUAAAAAAAAUGAAUACAACAAUAGCGGGAGCUUUGUACAAACGCUUGAGAUCCACAAAGCAACAGGAAUCCACACUGGGAUGUAUAUCUGCUACUACCCAGCACUUCAUUUCGAUGACAAUGAUGAGAUUGAAGGUCGGGAUAUCUACGUUUUCGUUCCAGAUCCUGAUCAUCCUUUUGUCCCACAAAUGAAUUUUGAAAAUAUAGUAAUAGUAGCAGAAGGUGAAGUGGCUGUGAUUCCAUGUCGAGUGUCUAAUCCAAAGUUGCACGUCACCUUGAGUAAUCUUGAUACUAAGAACAUGAUCUCUGCUACCUAUGAUAAUAAAGAAGGAUUCAGAGGCAUCUUCAAGGAGGGGACAUACGUCUGCGUCACAACAAUCGAUGGUGUGGAGCACAGAUCAGAGAAGUACAUUGUUAAUACGUUUAAAGUGGCAAAGGAUCUGAAAGUUGAAAUAGAAGCUACUAAAAAAGUAGUUAAAGUGGGAGAGAGCAUCCAUGUGACUUGUGUAGUAGUAGAUAAUGAAGUGGUGACUAUCAACUGGAAUUACCCAGGAAAAAAUAAGGGAAAGGAAGAUCUCAAGGAAGUAAAACAACCAUUCAUAAAGAUAAUGAAGACCCUUGAAAUUGAGGAAGCCACACUGGAAGAUGCUGGAAUCUAUGAAUGUUCCGUGUCACAUGCAACUCAAGAAACCUACAGAAAAAAGCACGUUCACAUCCAAGUUUGUGAGAAGGGAUUUAUACAUUUGGAUCCCAGUUUUGGAACAGAAGAGUUUGCAGACCUACAUGAAGUCAAGCAGUUUGUGGUCAACAUUGAGGCCUACCCAGCACCCACUGUUCGAUGGCUGAAGAACAAUGUUACUCUGCAUGAGGAUAACAAUGAAGUGAUGAUCAACACAGUAAAAACCCAGGAAAUCAGGUACCAAAGUAAUCUGACCCUGAUUCGUGCAAAGAAACAAGACAGUGGAGCCUACAGCAUUAUCGUUGAAAAUGAAGAUAAUUGUACCAUUUAUACCUUCUUCUUGCAGGUGAAAGUGCCAGCAAAGAUCAUCAAUCUUGUUGACCUGCACCAUGGCUCUGCGAAUGGCCAGAUUGUUUCGUGUUCUGCAGAUGGGACACCCAGCCCAGAGGUUGAAUGGCUAAUUUGUACAGAUCUAAAAAAGUGUGCAAAUGACUCAAUGCUGUGGAACGUCCUCCACAGCAAUUCAAGUGAUAUAAGUAUUGAGACCCAUCAGACGAAGAAAAAUACUGUGGAGAGUAAACUGACCUUUCAGAAAGUGGAUAAUACAAUGGCUGUGAAAUGUAUUGCAAAGAAUGAGCUUGCAGCUGUUGCACGUGAAGUCAAACUUGUGGCUCACAAUUUACACUCUGAAUUGACUGUGGCUGCAGCAGUUUUGGUGCUGUUGGUUAUCGUGAUCAUUUCCCUGAUAGUGCUUGUCGUAGUUUGGAAGCAGAAACCAAGGUAUGAGAUACGUUGGAGAGUCAUUGAAUCCAUAAGUCCGGAUGGCCAUGAAUAUAUUUAUGUUGACCCCAUGCAACUUCCCUAUGAUACUAGAUGGGAGUUUCCUAGAGAUGGACUUGUCCUUGGGCGCAUUCUUGGUUCUGGGGCAUUCGGAAAGGUAGUUGAAGGAACUGCGUACGGUUUAAGUCGCUCACAGCCUGUCAUGAAAGUUGCAGUGAAAAUGCUGAAGCCGACAGCUCGUUCCAGUGAGAAGCAGGCCUUGAUGUCAGAGCUGAAGAUAAUGACCCAUCUAGGUCCACAUUUAAACAUUGUUAAUCUUCUAGGGGCUUGUACAAAAGCAGGUCCCAUUUACAUCAUUACUGAAUACUGUUUCUACGGUGACCUGGUCAACUACCUGCAUAAAAACAGGGACAGUUUUAUAAAUCGAUAUUCUGAAAAAGGAAAGAAAGAAGUGGAUAUUUUUGGUAUAAACCCGGCUGAUGAAAGCACACGAAGUUACGUGAUCUUAUCUUUUGAGAGCAAUGGGGACUACAUGGAUAUGAAACAAGCAGAAAGUACCCAGUAUGUGCCAAUGUUGGAAAGGAAAUCCAGCUUCAAAUACACUGACAUCCAGCAGCACAUUAGAUCACCACCGUCACAGAAAAAGAAGUCCUUGACAGAAACAACAGAAUCUUGGAAUCCUCUUUUAGAUGACAGUUCAGAGGGACUUUCUUUCAUGGAUCUAAUCAGCUUCACCUUUCAAGUUGCACAAGGAAUGGAGUUUUCUGGCUUCUAAAAUUGUGUGCAUCGUGAUUUGGCAGCACGUAAUGUCCUCCUGGCCCAAGGAAAAAUUGUCAAGAUCUGUGACUUUGGCCUGGCACGAGACAUCAUGCAUGACUCCAACUAUGUUUCUAAAGGCAACACAUUCCUACCAGUGAAGUGGAUGGCUCCUGAGAGCAUAUUUGACAACUUGUACACUACACUAAGUGAUGUCUGGUCCUACGGCAUUCUUCUGUGGGAAAUAUUCUCCUUGGGUGGUACACCAUAUCCAGGAAUGAUGGUCGACUCCAACUUACAAUAAAUAAAGAGUGGUUACAGAAUGACUAAACCAGAACAUGCUUCUUCAGAUGUCUAUGACCUGAUGGUGAAAUGCUGGAACAGUGAGCCUGAAAAAAGGCCUUCCUUUACACGCCUGGCUGAAAUUAUUGGUGGCUUGUUACCAGAGGCCUACAAGAAGAGCUACAAACAGAUGAACGAUGACUUUCUGAAGAGUGACCAUCCAGCCGUUGCUCGCAUGCGGGCAGAAUCCACUGACCCUUACAUUGGAGGUAACUACAGCAAUGAAGAUAAAAAAAAAGACCGGGAGAGUGGAUUUGAUGAACAAAGGCUAAGUGCUGACAGUGGCUACAUCAUCCCACUACCUGAUAUUGACCCAGUCACAGACAGUGACCCUAGUUCUUCAAGGAACCGCCACAGUUCCCAGACAUCUGAAGAAAGUGCGAUAGAGACCGGUUCCAGCAGCUCAGCCUUUAUAAAGCGAGAGGAUGAAACCAUAGAAGAUAUAGAAAUGAUGGAUGAUGUAGCCAUUGAUCCUUCAGAUUUAGUGGAAGACAGCUUUCUGUAACCAGCUUUAUUGUGAGAAAAUAAACUUGCCCUAUUGCAGUCAUGACCUUCUCUAUAACCACUUACUGAGGCAUGCCCAAGGAGAGAAGUUUGAGGAGGGAACUUGAUGGUACAUCUUAAAACGGGACCAAUUUGGAGAGAUAUCCUGGGACAACAAUAUGAUUCGUAUUGUAGUACAUAUCAUAUGUCUAUUUCAGUGCAUUAUUUUUCUAUUAUGGUACACUCUGUAGUGUCUAUUUCAGGGUGUGUACACACUGCCAUUCCUCUGGACUAAACAUAAGGCUAUACAAAGUUAUUUGUGUGUUUCAAAGAUUUUGCUUCAUGGUAGAUGGUUCCUAUAUCUGGAUAUUUGACCACAUUUAUCAGACUGCUUCAUAUGCACAUAAUGAUAACCAUUACUAAGAAUGUAUGCUGUGUACUUAAUGUUGUAUCAUAUCUGCAGCGAUAGAUUGACAAUGACUUUAUCAUUCUCCAGGUGGGUUACAAUAACUUGUUUGCCAUUGUUUUCAGAUGCCAGUGUACACCUUAACUUAGCAGGCAUUCUUUUUAGUGCUUACUUCCUAUUAGAAAGGACUUUUUUCUGCAAAGCACAAUUUUUGGGAGUAACUACAUGUAAAGAAUGCACUGCAUCUUUGCAAGAUCCUACACUUGAAUAUUUCAAAUGUUCGUGUAAACUCAUGAAAACAUUACAAGCGUGAACUACAACCUACAUUGAAAAGCUAAGAGCUUGGAACCCACAGUUAUAACUGGGCUUGAGCCAAUGUCUGAACUGACUUGUUUUUAAAUGCAGCCAAUAGAAAGUCAAAGGAUUUGCUGAACUUGGAAAACUGGUGCAUUGGAACCAGCUGUAAAUGACCUGGUAGAGUUGUGGCGAAGGCAUGCUAAGAGCUAUGAAGAGGAGUUACUGAAGAAAAUUCUCUUUAAAGUGAGCUAAAAGGAAAAGCAAACUGCUUCUUUUGAGCCAGGAACUGAAGGAUGAAUCUGGUCAUGGAGAGCUUGGUUAAAUAGUAAACAAAUAAUACCAAUGCUUUAUGGGCCAAAUACCACAACUACUUCUGCAAUUUUAAGGAGGAUGUCACAAAGCACAGAGUUCCAUUAUGUAAAUAUUGUAAAUUCAGUCUUACUAAUGUAUUGAAAGUCAAUUCAUUUUGAGGCAUCGUAACUCAUUGAUUGAAGUGGUGAUGUGAUAUCAAACUGAGCUUGGCUGCCACCAAUAAGGAAAAAACCCUUUAAAUUUUCUGGGAUCUCAAGCUGGAGGAAUGAAAUAUACUACAAAACUGAAAUCUGUACAGUAUUAUUAAGGAUUGACUUUGUACUGAACUAAUCAUGUAGUGACAGAAUUACUAUUGAAUGGUUUUCUUGUGCUAAAGACCAGUAGAAUGGAUAAUUUAAUGGCAGUAGCUAGUUUAAGAAUUGCUGAUUGAAUUUGGUAACUAGUCAAUAUGUUAUUUGCUGACAUUUACAAACAACAGAUACCAGAUACAACUGAGUCAUUGAUUAUUUUUACGAAUCAUAAGCAAAGGCCUUUUUAAAUCAUCCACAAUCUGGAUUAAGUUUUCUGAUUUUCUCUCCACAUCAUAUAUGUAUACAUAUUUAUCAUAAAACCUUCCAGGGAUAGUCAUUAGUUAAAAAAAAACUUUUGAAAAAAAUCUUUGUCAACUCAAACCAACAGCUACAUUAACUUAGCUACUUCCUAAGCUGUCAAUGAAAAAUUUAAGCAAAUGGUUAAAAUGAAAACAGAAAAUGCUGGAAAUACUCAUCAGGUCAGGCUGCAUCUGUGGGAAGAGAAAUAAAGUUAAUAUUUCAGGUGGAAGACUCUUCAUCAGACCUGGGAAGGAGAGAAAUGAAGCUUGUUAAGCAGCAGGGAGAGUGGGGAGAGGGUAUAUCUCUGAUAAGGUAAAAUCAGGACGACCAAGGGGAUAAGUUGUAAACAUGGAUAUCUGGUCAAAUAAGUGAGAACAGACAAAAGAACCUAGGCAAAAGAACGUAGGAGUUACGAAAUGCAGAUCAGGAAGACCUGGCAGGUCAGAUUGGGAAUGUCCUCUACUCCCAGAGGAAAAAAAAGAAAA